AUGGAAUAUCUUAUAGUAUUUAACGGAGUAAGACAAGCUGAUAAAUAUUGGAGUAUAUUAGCCUGUGUAGAAUUUAAAUUCACUGUAUUUGAUACAUUUGAAAGAAAAGAGCCAACAAAGAGUGCAAAUUUAUCUUUACAAACAUCGUACUCGCUUUUUGUACUUGAUCGUACAAAUAAUUUGAUGAAUUGUUUGUUGACGCUUUUUAUAGUUGGCAAAAAUCAUAAUUUAUAUACAAUUAGUCAUCAUAUUAUACCAAUAGCAAGAGCAAUAUCACAUUCACAACUUAUCAUCAUUCCUUACCAACCGAAUAUCCAUCAUGAAAGUCAAAUAUUGAAUAUGGAUUGG